AUGAAUAUCAUCGACGAGUACGACCUGGACAUGUACAAAAAUAUUGUCAUGUCUAAUAACUGCAAGGAGGAGGAUAUUUUGUGCAUUUUUAAUAUGUCAAGCUUCCUGAACACGUUAUGCUUCAUUAUAUUUUUUGUCAUUUUCUUGUGGUCCCUGUCUAUCAUAUCGAGGUACUACACCUCGUACAAUAUCAUGAAGUACUUGAAGGACCGGAAGGCCAUCUACAUGCAGAACAUGUCCCGCUACAUCGACGAAAUAAAAAUGCUUUGCAGGAGCCACGUGAACGAUAUCAUCCGAAUUAAAAAAAAAAUAACACCCAAGAAUGUGGACAAGAUAUACCUAGACAUAUGUAUCCAUGACAACAUCCAGCUGGUGAAGAAUUACCAGAGCUCGAGUGCAAGUGACACGACUGACUUGUACAAAUAUGGUGUCACCUUCACCUUCUCUUCCAAAAAUCCAGUCUGUGUUACUCUCUAUUGGGGUGUUCUCCUUAAUGAAAUUAACCAAGUGAUACACGAAAAAACCGAAGCGCGAAGAAAGACUGCCAAUGGAAGAAGCACUGUUAUUUGUAUCGAUAAUUUUAAAACCUUUUUUAAGGAAGGGUUUGGCAGAUCGUUACAGUCGAAGCCACCUUCCGAUGCGAUGACUUACCUGCUCGAUAAACAUAAGGGUAGUCUCUACUCGGGAGAGGAAGAUCUGGGAGGGGGAGAAGUUGGAGGAGAUAACUUUUAUGACCAUCGCCACCAUAAUCGUGAUCAUUUAUCUCCACAACAGAGUACCUCCUUCAUUAACUUCACCUCAUGCUUGCACAAGACCCCUAGCUCCUUCUUCACGUGUAGGGAAAAUAUCACCUACACGAUGCCUUGUGAUGAAAGCUUUUGUGUGGCUGAUGUUUUAAGUCAAAUAGAAGUCGAGAAAAAUGGCUACAUGGAUGAUCUGAAGGAGAAACUAAAAAAGAACAAGUACGACCAACAACAGCCCUUGGACGAAAAGGUGUUACAUAGUCAUAUGAGUGAUGAGCAGAUAAGGAUCCCCCUCACGAUUCUCAUAAAUGACGCCCCCCCGGUGGAUUUGAUGUCCACGUCUUCCAUCUAUGCCAACUCCUUCGGGGGCGGGCUAAGCGUCGCCACGACCGUCUCCCCCGCCAAAGGGGUAGGGAAAAACAGAGCCAGCGGAACGCAUGCUAGUGGAAGCCAUACCAACGGAACGCAUGUCAACGGAACGCAUGCCAGCGGAACCCGUGCAAGUGGAACCCGUGCCAGCACGCUAGUAGUCCUGGUGGACUUCAAAAAAAUUAAGGACAAAUAUAUGCCAUCCAUUAUCAAAGACAUCUGCGUGUUUAGCGAAGGUGGAACGAACACGGCGGCACAUAAAAGCAAAAAGAAAAAUGAAGUUUUCCAAUUUGUGGACAUACUAGAUAUAUAUGGACAUGAGGAACACGAUAAGGAGUGCCUGAUCUGCAUGACCUCGUACAAGGACACCUUGUUGAUGCCGUGUAGACACUCAUCCUUUUGCUACGACUGUAUGAAAUCAUUGCGCCAGGAGAAGUGCCCCAUCUGCAGAUGUCUCUUCACUUCCUUUAUAAAAUUCCCUCUCAAGAAUAUUGACAAGGGGGGGGACAUGCCCUAG